GUGGUUGGGGAUGUGCGAUGAGUUGGUGGGGGGCUGGGUGGUGGCUGGGAAAUGUGGGAAUUGAAGAAAUAAGGUGGCUGUGUGGUGGUUGUGUGGUGGUGAAGUUGGUGAUAGUGUUUCCUUUUGUUUAAAACAAACAACUUUCAUAAUUUUGGGUAAUUUCAUUCCAUUCUCUUUCUUUUCCUUUGUUCAUUUCAUUCUGUUUACCCCGUGUAAACCAAACGACCCCUAAUAACUUUCUGGAGCUUUGGACUGGAUUUUUCAAGGGUUUUAUAUGGGUACCUCCUAUUUUUUAAGAGCGUCUUAUGAACCCCAAAUCCCAACUGAGAUGAAAGAGAAAGAAUCAAGAGAGAAGAGGAUAAAAAAGUAAAAGGAGUAGUCUUUCUCAAUAUAUACACAGAUCCCCAUGAAAAUUACAAAACAUUUUGCUUCUUCUUCUUCUUCUUCUUCUUCUUCAUUUCAUUCUCUUUGUUCAGUCUAAAGGAUUCUCAUUUUGUUCUCUGUAAAAUAAUAAGAAAAAAAAAAAAAACAAAAAAUUCUCUCCUUCAUUAAAUUUUCUACACAUUAGUUUAUUUUUCUAGCCAAUGAUUGAAUUUUGCCUUCUUCUGUAAGAUUCUGGUAUUAGUAUUAGCUAAAGUAAGUGAGAGAAAAACGUGCCUAAAAAAAUAAUGAAGCAUAUUAGUGAAAAUCAUAAUAACAAUGGCAGUAACAGUGGUAGUAGUAACAGUAGUUCUAACAACUGGUUAGGUUUUUCUUUGUCUCCUUUGAUGAAAAUGGAGGCUUCUAAUAAUUCUUCUUCUGCACAUGAACAAGUUGGACAUCAUCAUGAUUAUCUUGAUCAUUACACUCGUCAUCAUCAACAUUCGCAGUCGCAGCAGCAGCAGCAGCAGUCUCCUGUCCCUGUGGGUAUGUUUUUAUCUCCUCCGCCGCUGCUGCCGCAGCAGCCACUCAGCAGUGGUCCCAUUUGCUUCGAUCACGGCGGAGGAGGAGAUAGUAGUAGUGACUAUUUUCACACUCCUUUGACUGUUAUGCCACUUAAGUCAGAUGGGUCUCUUUGCAUUAUGGAAGCUUUCACUAGAUCUCAACCACCUCAAGUGCGGAAACUAGAGAAUUUUCUUGGUAUGAGCCUGGAUAGUAUCUACAGACAACAACAGCACACCCACCAACAACAGCAACAAUUAGAGUCCUACAUUUCUGCAUUAUCAUACCAAGGAUUUUCAGAGGAUGACCUGCUAAAGAAUUGGGAAACAACAGUAGAUAACAUUGGUAGUACUACAAAUACUCUUGCUUCUGUUGCUGCACCAACUGUGGGCGGCUGUGGUGAUUUACAGUCUCUUUCGUUGUCCAUGAGCCCCGGUUCGCAGUCGAGUUGCAUUACAGCUCCAGCAACAACAACAGCGGCGUCGACGACGGCUAAUGUUUCUUCUGGGAGUGUUUGUGUUGGUGUUGUUGCAAUGGACACCAAGAAGAGAGGGUUUGGCAAAGUGGGUCAAUCUAAGCAGACUGUUCAUAGGAAGUCUAUUGACACUUUUGGCCAAAGGACCUCUCAGUAUAGAGGGGUUACCAAGCAUAGAUGGACUGGUAGAUUUGAAGCUCAUUUAUGGGACAAUAGUUGCAAAAAAGAGGGGCAGACAAGAAAAGGGAGACAAGUUUAUCUUGGAGGCUAUGAUAUGGAAGAAAAAGCUGCUAGAUCUUAUGAUCUUGCUGCCCUGAAAUACUGGGGACUCUCAACUCACACUAACUUCCCUAUAGAAAACUACAAACAAGAGAUUGAAGAAAUGAAGAACAUGACUCGUCAAGAAUAUGUUGCUAACUUAAGAAGGAAAAGCAGUGGAUUUUCUAGAGGGGCUUCGAUGUACAGAGGAGUGACAAGGCAUCAUCAGCAUGGUAGAUGGCAAGCUAGGAUAGGCAGAGUAGCUGGGAACAAGGACCUCUAUUUGGGGACAUUUAGCACCCAAGAGGAGGCAGCAGAAGCUUAUGAUGUAGCUGCAAUUAAGUUCCGAGGAACAAAUGCUGUGACUAAUUUUGACAUAAGUCGGUACCAUGUGGAAAAGAUCAUGUCCAGCAAUACUCUUCUAGCAGGAGAGCAGGCUAGAAGGAACAAAUUGGAAUUGAUCAAGGCUUUUGAGGAGAGCCCUAGUUCGACUGAGAACAUUACUGUAGGCGAUCUAACUGUAGCCAACAAUGGCAAUGACUCUCCUGGAGAGUGGAAGAUGGUGUCAAUUGACCCUAACCCUUCGUUCUCACUUGGCUUACAGGACCUUGUUGAGCUCGAAAUGGCAAGUCCAAGUCAAAAGUUGGGUUCAGCAGCUCAUUUCUCGAGUGCAUCAUCGUUGGUUACAAGUUUGAACAGCUCUAGGGAAGGUAGUCCAGAUGAGAAUAUGUCAUCAACCACGUCGAAUUCGAUGGUCUUCCCUUGGGUUGCAUCAGCAGGGCAGUUAACACCAUCUGCCGCAGUUGCGGCCACAGCCAUUCCUUUGGCUCAUGUCCCUGUUUUUGCUGCUUGGAAUGAUGCUUAACAUGUUUAGUAGUAUUCCUGUAGAAAGUUGGAGCAGGUUAUUUUGCAUGAGAAAAAAGUGACAAAAGGAAAAAGAUGAAAGAAAAAAAGUUGGAAAAUGGUGGGUAGAAGAAAAAAAGAGGGAAAAUCUUUUUUUGUGGGGAACAAAAGAGGGUUUAGUGGAAGAAAAUUAGAGAAGAGGGGUGUAAUUAGACUUAAUUAGGGACAAAAAUGGGGUCCAUUUAUCUGUCUGUAAGCAAAAUGCUGGAAACUUUUGUCAAACUUAAUGCAAACUUUUUGGCUCCUCUUGUAAAAUGAAGAUUUUUUUGGCAAAAAUGGAGGGAAAAAAAGAGGAAGAAGAAUUUCUAAUGA